GCUCUGCAGUGCAGGCCGGUGGGCGAGAGAGACAGACGGAAAAGCACGGCAAGAGAAACGACAGGAAGACUCAGAAGAGAAAGACGGCGGGAGAAGCCAGAGGAGAGAGGAACGUACGCAUAAUGAGAGAAGAAGAAGAAGAAACCCAUUCCAGCUGUGUUUCUAUAACAAAUAGAGCCGUGAGAACUUCUUCACAUUGAAGAAUUUUCCACUGCACGCCAAGGGAACAAACAUUUACUUUUGACAUUUUUGGUCAGUGCCAGCUGUUUAUUUUUGAUCGAGCUUUCAAACAAAACAUUUAGUUGUAACUGUUGAUUGGACAGAAAUAGCACCAAGUUUCAUUAGAUAAGAAGUUUUUUUGGUCCUUUUUUAUUUUGUGCAUCAAAAGCCUCUCUUCAGCUUGUCAUUUGAGAACUUUCAAACAUGAGCACAGACAACUCGACUCUGUUGGACAGCUUGUUCUUUGCCCCUCUCUGCGAUGGCUGGACCAACAACACAGAGGGGGCCAUCUAUCAUUUGGGUCAUACCUUCCUGUUUCUGGGCUACAUGGGAGGCAGCGGGGCCUACGGGUGCCUCUUCAUCUUUGGCCUUCUGACCCCGGCCUUCGUGUGCCUGACCCUGUGGGGCUGGAUGACGAUGUGCGGCCUGGAUGUCUUCACCUGGAACCUGCUUCUGCUGCUCGCCUGCUUAGUGCAGAUCUGCCACCUCCUUUACCGGCUGCACCAGGAGGGCAUACACAGUGAGGAGCUGACCAGCCUCUACCAGGCGGUCUACCUGCCGCUGGGCGUGCCCAUCCAGGUGUUCAAGGAGAUCACAGGUGCCUUUGAGAACAAGGUGGUGGAGCUGAAGGCAGGAGAGACGUACGCUGUGGAGGGCAAGACGCCCAUCGACAAGCUCUCCUUUCUGCUGUCUGGGAGGAUCAAUGUGUGUUUGGAGGGCCAGUUCCUGCAUUACAUCCACUGCCACCAGUUCCUUGACUCUCCAGAGUGGGAGUCUCUCAGACCAAACGAGGAGGGAAAGUUCCAGGUGACCCUGACAGCAGAGGAAGACUCCCGCUACAUCUCAUGGCGCCGCCGCCGCCUGUAUUUGCUGAUAUCAAAGGAGCGCUACAUCGCCCGUCUCUUCUCCCUCAUGCUGGGCUACGACAUCGCCGAGAAGCUCUACAACCUCAACAACAAGCUCUACAUUAAGAGUGGCGUGCUGUUGGACAUCCGCCUUCCCAGCCUCUACCAUGUUCUGGCCCCGUCCUCGCAGGGCAGCGAGGGCGGCAGUGGCAGUGACGGUGGCAUCGCCAAGGAGCAACAAACUGAACACCAGGGCGAAGACCCAGCACCGGCCUACCAGAAAUGUGAUCCCACUCAGUCUCAGACCCUCCAGCCAUACCUGCAGGGACCAAGGAAGACCACCCUGGAUGAACCCCAGGCUCUUCAGCAUGACCGUUUUCAGCACCCCUGGGCGUCAGACCCGGAGCUGCCCUCUGGUGAGGACUCCACCAGCCUGGUCCUGGAAGACUUUGGUGAUGUGGCGGGCUCCUUAAUGGAUUAUGGCAGUGAGAGGGAAUAUUUGAGGUAGAGGGGAAGGGUGCUGGAGCUAACACACUGGGUCACCACUUAAGCUACAUGAGGUGAUAGUGACGGGAACCUACCACCUCGAUUCCAGAGGGGCAGAGCACCGCUAGCUCCCACCGACACUCCCAAACUGUGAGAACAGUCUCUCCUGGAAACACUAUAUUAUUUACAGUAUAGCAGUAUGAAUGAGUCACAUGUCACUUGUCUCCUCCUUGCGCUCUGUCCCUGUUCUCACUUCAGUUCACGUCUUCAUUGUCUUUUGGACAUGUAGAUUGUGUGCUCUUCUUUAUGUCUAUUUAAAUUACAGUCAAUCUGAUAUCUUUAGACAACCAAUACUACGGGCGGAUAUUUAUCCCCACACUAAUUUAAUGUUGGUCUCUGUGGCAGCAUUAAUGCCACCAAGGCAGGGGGAUCCACCACAUCUAUUCAAUUUCAGUGAAACUUAUAGAUAUUUUAGCAUUACAAUGAAUAUGGAAUUUACAAAAUCUAUAAUUUAAUGAAUGAGUGAAUCAAUACAAUGUUCAAAGAGCAUUUAUAUUGUGUGUUCCUGUAGCUGCUAUCAGAGACAAUCAUGUCAACAAUCAGUUAGACCCUCAUUUAAAUCACCAUCAUCCUAAGUGGCACUUGAAUAGUGAGGACAGGGGCUGCCUUCACCUUGUUACUUACUAGCACAUUAAAUGCCUGCAAUGUUAUUUUAUGUUAUAAAAAUGGAUUCUGUGAUACUGAAACAGAUGAAUAUGGUUUUCAUUUCACUUUUAUUUGAUGUUAGAACAAGACAGUUUGGCUUGGACUUGACUGCACCAAAUUUGACUUUUGAUGUUUUCUUUUCACAAAUCACGUACACCCAACGUUAGAAAGAGUAUUGAUUUAAGGUUACUACACAUUUUCUGGAUCUGAUUUAGACAAAUUUGAGUAGAAAUCAAUAAAAUAAAAUAAAAUCACAUUAUAUGAAUCAAUAAGACGUGGAACAAUCUCUUAGAAUCAUACUCCGUACUUAAUCCUUUCAAAAUCUGCAAAAUAUUUAGUUUGCAUACUCCUCGAGACCUUUCCAGAGCUGCAUAUGAACAAUUUAGGUACAAAACCUGCAACCUGGCAGUGUAGAUAUUCUCCAUUUCACUUUGUUGUUGGGCAUGUUUAGCUAUUUAUCUGAAUGCACCAUGACUUGGUUCAGUGUCAGUAUAUGCUGUCUAAGAAGUGAUCUUGUCGUACUGAUUUUCAGAGCAUGAUACCAAAUUCAUCAAGAGUACAACCUCUUAAUACUUCUUUGGUGAUAUAUUGGAUGCCUGUAGACCAUGUUUUUUUUUUCAUUUUUGUAACUAACUGAGUAAUACACACGUGUAUACUGUGAA